UUUCACAAGUUUACACACACCUGAGAAGCUGAAAUCUCGAAAGCGAAGAGGAUCCUGGAGCAAUCUUAAUUUCGUCAUGGAAGUUCCAACCCAGAGAAAACCCAGAGUGCUCUGCCUCCAUGGAUUCAGGACCAGUGCUAACAUCCUCCGCAAAUUGAUCGGAAGAUUUCCGGAAUCUGUUCUCCGAAAGCUAGACCUCGUCUUCCUCGACGGGCCAUUUCCGGCGCAGGGCAAAUCUGAUGUUGAAGGCAUCUAUGAUCCUCCUUACUUCGAGUGGUUCCAAUCUAACCGGGAUUUCACAGAUUUCGUGAACUUCGAAGAAUGCCUAGCUUACGUUGAAGAUUAUAUGGUGAAAAACGGUCCUUUUGACGGUUUACUUGGAUUUUCUCAGGGUGCUAUUUUAGCAGCCGCAUUGCCGGGAAUGCAGUCGCAGGGCGUGGCACUUGGGAAAGUAGACAAGAUAAAGUUUUUGAUUCUGAUGUCAGGAGCCAAGUUUGGGGGAAAGAAGUUCGGAACGCCUAAAUUGGCUUCCAAUGCAUUCUCAAAACCCAUUAACAUCCCAUCUCUCCACUUCAUUGGUGAAGAAGACUUCUUGAAGGAAGAAGGGAUUGCAGUACUGGAUGAAUUCGUGGACCCACUAGUGAUUCACCAUCCAAAAGGACACACGGUCCCCAAGCUUGAUGAUAAGGGUCUGGAAACUAUGCUGGCCUUCAUUGACAAGAUUCAGAGCAUGCCAUCAAAAUCUUCAUAACAAGACCUGAGCCCAUCCACACACUUACUGAUCUGCUGCUCUGGUGAUUAUAUAAUUAACUGCAUACAUAGGAGCCUGGGGACCAGUGGUUUAGAUUUUAAGAGAAGGCUUUCUUGUCUUCAGUCUUCUGUAUUCCUGUCUGGCAAAAUAUAGUGAUCAGCGAUGGAAAUUGAUUUAAGUUCAAUGAGAAUAAUCCAUGUUAAUUAUAUGCCUGGUCCAAAAAAUAAAGAAGAGUGUUAAUUA